AUGGCAGUGACAGGGACGGCCGCCGACCAGCGACGCCACAGAGAAAUAGCGAGGCUACGCGUUGCAGGGCGCCGCGCUGCGCCUGCCCGCCCACCGCGCUCGACCCCCGCACCCGACCCGAACGCUCGUGCCGUCCUCGACCCACGACCGAGCGAGCGGUCCCCCACGACCGGUUUUCUCCCCCCACGACCGAGCGGUUCCCCCACUCCCCAGCUCGCAGAUGCGACGCUCCGCCCGGCCGUCCCCGGGAGCCGCGAUUCACAGCUCCGCCGGGCGUUUCCCUGCACCCGCCCCGCCCUGCAUCGCCGGCCAGCGCGAUUCGCUGCGCCGCCGGCGUCCGUGCCGCCCGGCGAGCUGCCGCGCCUACUCCCGCCGGCCCUAGCCGGCCAUCCACCGUUGCCGCCUCCACCCGGGCGUUCGCCCAAUGCAGCAGGGUGCCCCCAGGUCGCGAGCAGAUCCCGACGGCGCUCCCUCCUCCCGUUCCCGACGCCGCCGCUCCUCCCGACGGCACGCUCCCUCCUCCCGCCGUUGCCCCUCCCUCCCGAUGGCGCUCCCCUCCUCCGACGGAGCUCCCUCCUCCCAGUUCACGAUCCGUUUCGCGACACCGCUCCGCCGGAAUCGGCGCUGCGUGCAUCGAGCUUCCUCACCACGCGGCACGCGCUGCAUCUCCGGUUGCUUGCACUGGACCCGCGGAAGCAACGCACGGAUCUCGUCUACACGGACUCCACCUGCUGCCCCAGCCAUGGGCAGUCUGGCACUCGUCAGGUGGCCGUCAUUAUCGUACCCGUGUUCGAUCUCGCCCGCGUCAGCGGGCCACUCUUGGACACCUAGUUCCUCGUUUUUCUCCACUGCCGUGCUGGCGAUGCCACCUUGGCGCCUCAUCCAACUGUGCGACUCUGUAGAGGCGCAUCGGAGCAGCGACAGCGGUAAGGGAGAGGAGAGACAUACUGGCUAGUGUAUGUGCUUUAGACUUAAGGAUCCACAUCCAUAAAGUAUAUCGUGGUUGAGCAGUAGGGUUCUUGGUUUGGAUUGAUUAAUUUUCAUGUUGCGUUUUCCAGUAGAUAUCUCUGCUCAUGCUUAGAUAUGAGUGAAUUCAUUUCUUUUUGUUCCUUCCGACUUCCGUGCUAUGAUACUAUUCCUUCCCUGCUGCAAGGCUGCAAAUUACUUACUAUAGGUGAAGAAAGUUUUGGGAUGCAGGUGAAGGAUUUGUGUGGUCGAUUAGGGCUAUGGUAUUGCGGUGUUCAUUCUGUUCUUGCAAUUUAUUAUGCUAUCGUGGAAUUUAAUUUCACAUGGCAGAAACAUGUCCCUGCAUAUGGGGUAAUCAUGUCCACUCGUUCAGCUCCUAAUUUCCAUUUGCGAUCUUAAACUCUUUCUAAAAAAUAUAUCCCUUCAUUCUAAAUUUGAGUUAGGUUCUUAUUAAUCUUUCUACUAUAUAUGUUGCUUAUGUUUCCCAUGUGAUCUAUCCAGUAACAUCGUUUUAUCUGUCACUCUUAGUCCCAUUGCAUUCAGAAACAACAGUUUGGACUAUUCGUUUUUGAGUGAACUUAUACUCUGGAAAUUAAUUAGUUGUUUACUUUUAGUCCAUGCCGGCACAUUUACUUGUUGAUACGUUUGUUCAUAUCUGUUGAUAUAUUCUGUCAUGAGACCAUUACUGCUGCUAUAUCUACAGAACUUUUUGAAGCAUCAGCAUUAAUUAUUGUCACAUUCCUUUAUUGUCAGGUACUUGGAACAGAAUGGGCUGAAUGCUUAUUUGAACAAGUACAGAAUUGAGCUUGACCAUCAGCAAGAUCAAGAGGCAAUAGUAUUCGCUGCAUCUUUGUACUUGUAACAUGUCUUGAUGGCGUCAUGAUUCCGUAAGAGCUCCAAAGAGCAUAGAGAAAUUAAAUCUCUCUUAGUUAUUUUGUUCCAAGUGUUCUUAGCCUGAUGGAGAUGUCUGGUGGAAACACGGAACAAUGAUAUGGCAGGCAAAAUUUUGUUAGUGUUGUGUUAACCAUGUAGGGCAUGUUUGGAAUACAAUAUGUAAGAAUUUGCAGGAACCUUUAUAGCUGUACCAGAAAUUCUGAAGAACCACAAGAAUCGAUGUGGCUUGUACAAGUAAAUUAGUUAUGAAUAUUCCAUGUGAUCCUA